AUGCGUCGUGAUGGUGUUGCCGCCGCCCGCCGGCGUCGAUCCGUGCAACAACCCUUCCCUUCGCCUAAACUGCGCCGCCCGGUCGAUCUGCUGCCCCAACCAUUCUUCCCCCAGACUCUGAUGCUACCUAGCAAAUUGUUUCCCCGCGGAGGCACACUCACCACCACCCCCGAAAUUCCAAUGGGAACUGAGACUCAACCCUCCAAAAGGCUGUCCGACAUGAACCCUGCCACCGGCAAGAUGCCCGGCUGGCCCGCGCUAUCGUACCCGACGCCGGUCGCACCGGCCGAGAAGUUAGAGAGAGCCUCGCCCCCUUUUCCAUCUUGA